AUGAGCUGUGGUCCAAGGCACACGGUCCUAACAGCUGGGAGAAACAGCAGUGGGAGCUGCAAUCUUGGAGUGGGGGUUUCUUCUGUUGCCUCUGGGCGGUAUACUUCUUGUGGGAUAGCCAAUGAAAGAGCUAGCUUCUCUGGACGGAGUCAUCUUGCUGGAAGAAGUCAUUUCUCAAGUGGCAGUUGCAGUGGGGCAUUUGUUGGUGGUGGGCAUGCUGGGGCAAAUGGUAGCUUUGUGGCCACCUCUGCUAGAAAUGGUAUGGUAGGUGGUGCUGGUGGUGGUCAUGUAGGUGUGGUUGGUGGUAUUCCUGGUGGUAUGGUAGGUGGUGCCCAUGGUGGCAUGGUUGGUGCUGUGCCUGCUGCUGUAGUUGGUGGCAUAGGUGGUGUAGUUGGUGCUCCUCAUGCCACUAUGGUAGGUGCUCCUUGUGGGGUGGUUGGAGCUGUCCCUGCUGGCAUGGUAGGUGGCAUUGCUCACCCAGGUGUUGUUGGUGGCAUGGGUGGUGUGGUCCCCAACCCUGGAAUGGUUGGUGGAUUGGUGGGAGAACCUGUUUGUGGAGGUGUUUUCACUAACCUUGAUGGGAAGAUGACCAUGCAGAACCUCAAUGACCGCCUGGCCAGCUAUCUGGACAAAGUCCGAUGCCUGGAGGAGGAAAAUGCUGAGCUUGAGUGCCGAAUCAGGGAAUUUUAUGCCAAGCAAGGCCCUCUGUGUGAACCAAAGGACUAUAGUCAUUACCAUCAACAAAUUGAAGAUCUGAAAAACCAGCUUAUUUGUACAAGUGUGGAGAAUAACAAACUCCUUCUGUGCAUUGAUAACAGCAAGCUGACUGCUGAUGACUUCAGAACCAAGUAUGAGACCGAAUGCUGCCUCCGUCAGAAUGUGGAGGCUGAUAUCAACGGCCUGCAUCAAAUCCUGGAUCAGAUGACUGCCUGCAGAUCUGACCUGGAUAUACAGUGUGAGAACCUGCAGGAUGAGCUAUGCUGCCUGAGGAAAAACCACCAGGAGGAAGUUGUCUGCCUGAAGAACCAGGCUUCUGGAGAUGUCAGUGUGGAAGUGAAUGCCUGUCCUGGGCCAGAUCUGAAGAAAAUCCUGGAGGAGAUGAGAUGCAAGUAUGAAACAAUGAUUGAAGGAAACCGCAAGGAAGUAGAAGCAUGGUAUGAAUCCAAGAUUGAGGAGGUGAACCGUGAUGUCUGCACCAGCAGUCAGGAGAUUGAAGAAAGCAACAACAAGGUCACUGAAUUGAGGCGCCAACUGCAAGCCCUGGAGAUUGAGUAUGAUGCCCAGUGCAGCCUGAGGGACACCCUGGAAGCUUCCCUGGGUGAAACUGAACUUCGCUACAACAGCCACUUGGCUGAGCUCCAGGAGCGCAUCUCCUGCCUGGAGCAGCAGUUGGCAGAACUGCGGUCGGAGAUGGAGUGCCAGAACCACGACUACACGGAGCUGCUGGAUGUCAAAAGCCGCCUGGAGAAAGAGAUUGCCACCUACCGGGGCUUGCUGGAAGGGGGACAACAUGACAUUGUUGGAGGAGGGGGAGUCAACAGAAGCAGUAGUGCAAGAUCCAAUGAAACUCGGACGUCCCACGCUUAUGUGACCCAUUCAUGCCAUGGAGCCCAUUCGCACCACUAGAGCACAUGA